CACACACGCAAAGCAGCGAAGUUGGGGGGGGAGAAUUCUCCACAUCCCAACACAAAAAUGACCAAGGGAGUCUUCUUCCCGAUUCUCCUGGUCCAACUCUUGACUCUUUAUGUUGCAGAUUCCCAGCUCGCCGGGCCUCAGGGGCCCUUCGCCAAGACGGCAAAAGUGGGAGAGACGGUCAAAUUGGAGUGCCAGCUCAGCUUUCCUGUGGUGCUGGUUACUAGCUAUUUCUGGUACAAACAGACUGUGGGUGAAGCCCCGGUAGCAAUAGACACCACCAACUGCAAGGAGUCCGAUUGUAAAUUUAUUUCAAAAAAAGGUGACAGCGAGCGUGUGCUGCAAUUGGAAAUCCGUGGUGUCCAGGUCAGUGACUCUGGGACCUACUACUGUGCUGAUAGGGAUGGCUAUGCUCCUCUCCAGCCGGGACCCAAACUGCUUGUUGGAGACAGUUCCACUAACAAGACGUCCGUCCUCGUCUUCCUCCCGCCGUCUGUGUCUGCCCAGAUGGACCCCGUCCCCUUGGUGUGUCUCGUCAGCGGGGUCUCUUCCAACGAGAUUGUCGUUUUCUGGAAUAUUUCCGGCGAGGUGACCCAGGGGGCGAGCGAUGUCGGGAAGAGGGAGCCGGACGGCACCUGGAACAUCACGAGUCAGGUCACGGUGACGAGGGAACAGUGGACAAGCGGCGCUCUGUGUUCCUGUGUUGUUCAACUGGGAGAGAAAGUCCUGACAAAGAGUGUGUCUUUCACUGAACCGGCGGCAGCAAAGGCAGACUGGUGCGACCAAGCGUUCCCUUAUGUUACCGCAGCCUCGGCAGUGGUGGCACUCCUGAUGGUCCUUUUGAUCAUUUGGAUUUGCAGAAGAGGCAGAUCAGGGAAAGGCGGGCGAACCCGCGGGGAAAAUUUUCGCUUGACAGAGAUGUCGCAAAACGGGGGAAAGGGCCAGCGACCAUCUGGAAAGAGCCAUCAAACAGACGCAAGGCGGGCACAUCCAGACGGAGUCCAGACUCCCGGUGGGCCUCUGUACGCCUCCUUGGAAUUUGCUGCACUGGAGAAGAGGAAAAAAACGAAGGGAGGGCACCGAUGAAAAUCUGGGAUUCUAUCCAGGUGGGAGUCAGGAUUUGCAAUGGAAGCCAGAGCUCUGUGGAAAUCAACCUGGAGCCCAUGAAACUUCCAGCAAGCACUAAAGCUCUCCUUUCACCUUUAAUAAGUGUCUCACAAAGAUCUUUUGAGGUCAGAGAUUGAAGUAUUGUUGGCUUAAUUCUCAAAGCAAUCAUUAAGGACACAACAAGACAGACUUUCUCCUUUGAGUUACUGUCAACCUUUUAUUUUCCCAGCAGGUCCUCUAACUGCAGUUGCUUUUGCAAAAUGCAUGUGUAAAUAAAAUAAAUUAUUCUCUGGGAAGAAGGAAGCUCCAGAGCUCGGUCCCUUGUUUAUAAUUCUUCAGUGGGAUGUGGUCAUCGCUGGCUGGGCCGGUAUUUAUUGCCCAUUCCCAAUUUCCCAGCAGGCUAUUAAGAGCCAAACCCAUUGCUGUGGGUGGAAAUGAGUACUGUUGAUGCAGUAGAUUAGAGUCAAGAUUAGAGUGGUGCUGGAAAAGCACAGUAUCAGGCAGCAUCCGAGGAGCAGGAAA